AUCACAAUUUUUACAAUACAGAUGUAUUUUGGAGUAUAAAUACCACCAUCGCUUGUUCUUCGUUGUCUUUAAGCACUUCGCUUAACAGAAUGACAUCACUGUGCCUGCUCUCUGUUCUCCUCCUUGUGGGGACCUCAAAUCUGGGUGCUGGAGCCAAGGACUAUAAACUAGCGUUGAAAAAGUCCAUCUUAUUCUAUGAGGCUCAGCGCUCUGGCCCCAUCAAUGAUCAGAUUAUCCCAUGGCGUCACUCUUCAGCCAUGCAUGACUGCACAGUUGGUGGCUGGUAUGACGCUGGAGACCACGUAAAGUUUGGACUUCCUAUGGCGUCAUCUGCCCAUCUUUUGAUGUGGGGUCUCUAUGAGUUUAAAGACGGUUAUGUGGAGGCGGGCCAACUGAACCAGAUGUACCACAUGCUUAAGACCCCACUGAACUACUUCAAGGCGGCCUGGAAUGCGCAUGCACAUAAGCUGACUGCUCAAGUGGGAGACGCUCAUGCUGAUCAUGCGUACUGGGGUCGUCCCGAAGACAUGACAAUGUCUAGACCAUGUGUGUACAUCGACAAUAACACCCCGGGAAGCAACAUUGCUGGAGAAACAGCAGCUUCUUUGGCUCUUGGAUACCUCGUUUUCAAACAAAAAGACCCCAACUACGCUAACGGUCUUUUGAGUUCAGCUAAGAGCCUCUAUGCCUUUGCCAAAGCUCACCCUGGAUCGUUCACAGGAUCUGGAGGAAACUACAGAGAUGGCGGUUAUAAAGACGAGAUGUGCCUUGGGGCCGUUUGGCUGUACCGUGCAACCAAAGAUUCUAAUUAUCUAAACGAUGCUAAGAGCUUCUAUGAGGCCGGAGUUCCAUGGGCCUUGAGCUGGGGCGACAAGAAACCAGCCUGCCAGUUUCUGUUGUUCCAAGAGGGCAACACAGGAUACAAGAAUGAUGUCGUCGGCUUCUUAAACCAGUUUCUUCCCGGUGGAAAUGUGAAACAACUACCGUGCGGUUUAGCUUGCAGAGAUGACUGGGGCUCCAACAGAUACGCAGGCAAUGCUGCAUUCCUGGCUUUGCUGGCUGCUAAGGAAAACAUCAACCCAACCCCUUUCAGGAAGUUUGCUGUGGAGCAGAUCAACUACAUUCUCGGUGACAACCAUAUCAAUGGUGGAUGCUUCAGCUUCGAGAUCGGAUACGGUUCCAAAUUUCCACGUAAACCUCACCACAGGGGAGCAUCCUGCCCCACUCACGGACCGUGCAAUAACUCGAACAAGGACAGCCCUGUCAACAGUCCACAAAUUCUCCAAGGGGCUGUCGUCGGCGGCCCUGACCGUGAAAACUUUUACGCAGACUCAAGGACGGACUACAAGCACAACGAGGUAGCCACAGACUACAACUCCGGAUUCCAGGGAGCUAUGGCUGGUAUUAUCUCUUUGCAACAGCACCACCAAAUGCCAAGCGUACGCACCGACUGUCAAUGCAAAAACUAAGGGCGUCAACUCGUCCGACGAUGACCUGAUGGCUCUCUUAAUGUUCUGCAGGACAUAUCGUUACCGUUUUAAUGUUCAUUUCUCUUCAAUAUAGAUUGAAUAGUGUACUAUUGAAAUUUGUCUUUGUAAUCUUGAAUACAAUAUUAGUUCUCAAUCUGUUUGUUAGAAUCAUGGCUUUAAUUAGGUGUUUUCCUGAUCUUUAGUUGUGGAACAUAAAGAUAGGGGCGACCUUUGAGGCCCAUUUUCUAAACCAAGAACUUGCGAUUUUAAAAAAUCUAUAUAAUAUUAUUUAUGUGACUUAGAUAUGGUGAAAUCUUUACAUGACGCUUUUUGUGCAUGUAUGCUUACUACAGUUGUUCUGGAAACGGCUCUCAUCUUGAAAAUAAACACCAUAAAAUAAUUCCAUUAAAAAAAAUGAUCCUCCAAAUCCCCCCCCUCCCCC